AUGAUGAAAGAUAUCGAAUCUUUUAUCAAGGAAUGUCCAGUCUGCGCUACCAUACAGGAUGAGCAAGGCAAAGAAACUCUCAUUUCGCAUGAAAUUCCCGAUAGACCAUGGCAGAAAAUUGGAACUGACCUCUUUCAAUUUGAUGACAAACAAUAUUUCAUCACUGUUGAUUACUAUUCCGAUUUUUUUGAAAUUGAUCGUCUACAUGAUAAAAAAUCAAAGGAAGUCAUCACCAAACUCAAGGCACAAAUGGCCAGACACGGAAUUCCUGAAAUUUUGAUUUCAGACAACGGCCCGCCUUACAAUAGCAAGGACUUUGCUUAUUUCUCAGAGAACUAUGAGUUCAAGCAUACUACGUCAUCGCCAUUGUACCCAAAAUCUAAUGGGAAAGUUGAAAAUGCAGUUAAAAUUGCAAAGAACCUAAUGAAGAAAUGCCAAUUAGACAAAAACGAUCCUUUUCUCGCUCUAUUAGAUUGGAGAAAUACUCCCUCUGAAAAUAUUGGAACUUCUGCAGUUCAACGACUAAUGGCACGCCGUACAAUAACUCUGCUACCAAUCAAAACCGAACUUUUGAAACCAGCCCUAACCUCAACUGUCAAGGAGCGAUUGAGAGAACGGAAACAUAGAUCAGCAUUUUACUACAAUCGCACAGCGAAAGACCUACCAGAGAUUAAAAGUGGAGAAACCGUGAGAAUUCGACCUUUUGGACAUGAAAAAAAUUGGACGAAGACAAAGGUCAACGAAAAAGUAAACAUCCGCUCGUAUCAAGUGAUCACGGAGGAUGGUCGCCUCUAUCGACGAAACAGAAAACAUUUGCGCUGCACAAAUGAGCCCUUUGUCGAAAAUAACGAGGAAGUGACAGAUAAGACCGUUAGCACAGCUGAAAACACACCACCAUCAGCAUAUAAGACUACAAUUGAAAAUCAUAAACCACCAUCAGCAGAUAAGACCAAUUAUGCUCUGACUUCGACCAGGAGAUCUACCAGAGAAAUUAAAUUGCCGAAACGAUACGAGGACUUCAAAAUGUAUAAGUGA